ACUGCCAAGAUAAGUUAGACAUAAUAUAAAAUGGUAGCAUCCAACCCAACAAGAAUAGAAGAGGCCAAGAGCCGACUGCUCUGGCCCUCUCUUCGCCUCCUUCCUUCCCUUCCGCAAGAACCCAAGCGCACCAUGACGAGUUCCUCGACUGCUUCCCGCAAGGCGCUGAGCAAGAUCGCCUGCAAUCGGCUGCAGAAGGAGCUCGCCGAGUGGCAGGUCGGCCCUCCCGCUGGGUUCAAGUACAAGGUCUCCGAUAACCUCCAAAGGUGGGUGAUUGAGGUGGGCGGAGCGGCCGGCACCCUCUACGCUGGUGAGACUUACCAGCUGCAGGUCGACUUCCCCGAGCAUUAUCCCAUGGAGGCACCUCAGGUCAUUUUCCUCAACCCGGCGCCUAUGCAUCCGCACAUUUACAGCAAUGGCCACAUCUGUUUAGAUAUACUCUAUGACUCCUGGUCACCCGCAAUGACUGUAAGUUCAGUCUGUAUCAGCAUCUUGUCCAUGCUGUCUAGCUCGCCAGCAAAGCAACGUCCGCAAGACAAUGACCGCUAUGUUAGGAACUGCCGCAACGGAAGGUCGCCGAAGGAGACCAGAUGGUGGUUCCAUGAUGACAAAGUAUAAGGAGGCGUCGGAUUGGCUCUUCUGGCCACACCAUAUUAGCCAGUCAGCCCUCCUUACAGCGAAAUCUCUUCCAAGGGGAGAUGAGAUGAUUUAGGCUUAAAAUUUUAAGCACCCCUCUUAUCGGUACCGCAAAGCUUAACAUGUUGUGGUGGUUUGUACAUGAGCUGAACACAUGUAUCGAAAACGUGAAGAUAUCAUCGCGGUCAAUGAGUUAUAUAGAAUAAGCAAGAGUGUAACUGUUGGGUUCGCUGAUACAGGCACAAAAGGAGUGCAGGUUUAUCUAUGACUUGCUAAAUCAUCCGUGCUAUCUAUCUGCGUAUGAAUUUAUUGAAAUUAUAGUUAUCAUAUUGAUGACAUACUUGCUA